CUCUCCACGUCAGCUUACGUCUCCAAAUUUCUGCUCAGCGAACCUGCUUCAAAGAGGCAGGAGGCACGGCGCUUCAGAGCCAUGUUCAGGGCGGUUAUAGAGGAAUCAAACCCCAACAUAGAGUUAUAGUAGAGGGUGAACUACGAUGAUGGAUUUUGACGAAAGGGUCCCCGUCGGAUCAAACAUGUACUUGCCCAGUUGCACUUAUUACGUCUCGGCGGGGGCUGAUUUCUCCGGUCUUCCCUCGUUUUUAUCCCAGACCCCGUCCACCCGCCCCAUGACAUACUCCUACUCUUCUAACCUGCCGCAGGUCCAACCCGUCAGAGAGGUGACGUUCAGGGACUAUGCUGCCAUUGACGCGUCCGGUAAAUGGCCGCACCGGGGGAACUUGUCUCAGUGCUACCCCAGCGCGGAGGACAUGGUGCACCGGGACUGUCUGUCGGCGCAAACCGCCGUGGUAGGGGACAUGUUCGGUAAAAACAGCCCUGCUGCUGCAGCCGCCGCGUACCACCACCACCACCACCACCACCAUACAAGCGCCGGCUCCGCUGCCACCAAUUUCUACGGGAAUGUGGGCAGAAAUGGCGUGCUGCCACAAGCCUUCGACCAGUUUUACGAGACGGCGUACGGGAACGCGUCGGAGAGCUCUUCCACAAAUGGCUACCCCGGCGACAAAACCCCGACCAAGCAGCCCAGCUCUGCGCCGGAGGACGCGACGUCUUGCAGGGACACCGAGGCGAAGGAGCCGCGGGAGGAGACGAGCAGCCCGGAGUUAUCUUCCGGCAACAAUGAGGAGAAAUCCAGCAGCAGCAAUGGACAGAGGACCCGCAAGAAAAGGUGCCCGUACUCCAAAUAUCAGAUCCGAGAACUUGAACGAGAAUUCUUUUUCAGUGUGUACAUUAACAAGGAGAAGCGCAUGCAACUGUCUCGGAUGCUCAACCUCACCGACCGACAAGUGAAAAUCUGGUUUCAGAACCGUCGCAUGAAGGAGAAGAAGCUCAACAGAGAUAGAUUACAAUACUACACGUCUAACCCUCUGCUUUAGGGGCGAAAACAGCACCGACACAGCUUCUUAAAAAGUCCUCCUGCUGCUGUGUGGACUGACUGCGUUUACAGACAGACUGACUCUCCCUGUGUGUACACUGUGCACCACAAUGGCCGCGACAGCAGCAGCAACAACAACACUGCUCGAUGGUUAAUUUCAAGUUCGAGGACAACAGUAUCCUGUGAUCUGAAGAACCUAAAGACAGAGCAUGAAUUAAAGCAGACUGUGGACAUUGAAUUCGCUCUUCAGACUCUGUUGACGAGGGAAAAUGUAGAAACGGAUUUCUCUUUUUCUUUCUUUUUUUUUUUUUCUUUUUUAAAGACAUUUCUGUCUGUGCGCUCGCGAAGGCCCGUGUUAAUGUUGCCGUGGCUCACGCACACGCCUCGUUUAUUCUCCUUUUGUGCGGGCGAGAAAAAUUAGCAGUCUCUAAUUGACUGACUCAGUGUAUUUUGUAAUCAAAAGAUUUAUUUUAAGUUUUUGUUUUGUUUUAAAAUCAGAAAAAAGUGGUUCCGUUUGAGGACGAUGGCGAAUAUGUGACUUUAAUAACUGAAUCUAUAUUGGUGUGACCAAAUAAUGAGUCCGAACGGAUGAGAAUGUAAUGUGUUCCUGUUUUGUGUGCUUAUUUAUUUUGUAGCCACUCGUUUACUAUCUCUGUUUAAUGCCACGGCUAACUAAGUCAAUUAUUACAGGCAGGCUGUUGGGAUUCAUUGUUCAGGCUGAGCUGACCUCGAAUACCAGAUCUAGUCGUCUUUCCUGUCGCCUGCUCGGGCUAUGACUAUUUAUAUGUUGCGUAUCUAUCAGUUCCCAAAUCAGUGUCGUCCCUUUUGAUUAUUUGGAGACUAUCAGUCGAGUAUUGAUGAUGCAGGCCAAACCAGAGAGAUAAGCUUGUCUACUGGAUCCGUGUGGAGUUGCACUGAGGUACACGCCCAACAUAUUCACACAGGUAAACGCAGCGGGCCUCUUCGGUCUCAUGUUGAUACGCAUUACAGAAUAUUUUUCUCAUGACUCGUGAUCCUUUGGUACUUGCUGUCUCAAGAAGAUUAAAAAAACAAAAAAACAAAAAACAAAAACAAAACAUUUUCAAGUGUGCUGUCAGGGCAAGGCUGGUCAGGGUCACCGCAUUGAAUCAAUUGCUUGGUAUGCCCAAACUAUUGUGUAUUAUACUAUAUUUCCAAAUAAAAACAAAUGAAAAGAUUAUUGAAAAAAAA